AUGUUAUCUAAAUCACCCAUACCAUCUACCUGCGAUGUUCCAUCUUCGACUAAUGACGUUUUUAAUAUUUUCUCACCUCGACAUACUCUAGUUCGUAAACAAGCUGAAGAAAAUUAUUUGGAUACAGCGAACAAAAAAAGAAAAAAGUACGACGAACAUCUCAAUAAUUUAGCCGAACAGUUCAAAUUACGUGAUUGCGUUAGUAUUCCAAUACAUUCUGUUGAUCGUACAAAUACCGAUGCCAAAUUACUUCCAUGCUUGAUUAUUGCAAAAGAAAAAAAAGGUGACGAUGUUGGAUUUCGAUUGGCUUGCCAGUUUGGUGAAAUACAAAAUUGGUACACAAUAGAAUCACUUGUUGAUUUGAGGUCUUCAUGUCCAUCUCAAUUAAAAUCUAUAGACAUUAAUAAUCUGGAUGGAAUAACAUUUAUCGAAGCAUGUAAAUUAUUUGUUCGUGGGGCGGUGAAUGGUGCUACUUGUGAUUGUAAGGGUCAAUGUGAUACAAAACAUUGUACAUGUAAAAAAAAAGACGUGUUUUGUUCCACAAAAUGUCAUUCAAAACGUGGAAAUUGUAAAAAUAUGAAAUAG